AUGCCCCUUUUUACGGUUGUCAGGCUCGCCUCUUGGGCUGCCUCUCAGUGGGGCACGAUAGGCCCCGUGCCGGGUGCUGCUGGACAGUGCGCCUUCGCGGCCAACCUGCCUGGAGGACUACUUGGGCUGGUGGUGGCCAUCGGCGGCGUGGGGUUCCUCCUGGGGGGGCUCGAGACGGGCCGGCGAGUCUGCGCGCUCUGGAACGACGGGGAGGAUUGGCAGGUGAGGGCGCUACUCACGCCCGCGACCGCGGGCGACCUCGACGAGGUGAUGGGGGUCAACGCCAUCGACGAUCCCGAGAUCCAGAGCCAUAUCUGGUACGCUCUCAGUCCCGACGUCGACGCGUACCCUCACCUCCUCGCCGCGCCUCCUCUAGCCGGUCUGUGCCUCGCCGAUUCGACGGACCGGUUCGACCCGACCCUUGGCGAAGGCAGGCGACGGCCCCGGCGCUCGAGGACCUACGGGGAGGAUUGGGCACCCACACCACUCGAGCUCAGCCGGGCCAUUCGCUUUGCCGUGAUGGGCGACUCCGACGGCUCAGCCCCCAGCCGCCGCAUGGUCGGGAAGAAGCCGAUGACAGCGAGCGAGGUGAAGGCUCUGACAGUGGCGACGGGCUCUUCAGUCACUCAGGGUCGACCAGCGGGCACUGAGGCGGAGGUCGGGACGGGGAUGCUCGAGAACCCCGCCCCGAUGGUCCGGCAGGUGAUCUGCAUGUCGGGCGGCGCUUUGGGCCCGCAGACUCUCGAGGACUACCGAGUCGACGGCUGGGCCACCAUCGGCGACUUCGGGGUCGCCAAGGUUGGAGGGCGGAUCUUCCUCUUCCGCGCGGUGGACAAGAAGACGGCCUCCGAGGGCGAGCGGAAGCGGGUCUUCCGCGACGCGGUGAAGCGGCUGCAGGUGUCUCAGUGGCGCCAUUGGCCAGUGCGCGGGCCGCGGACGGUCAAGUGGCGUUUGGAGUUCCUCGGAGAGCAGGACAUGCACCCGAGGGCUCGCCACGCCAAGUGGAAGGCAGAGCGCCGGCUCCAGAGUGGCGACGCUGGCGUAGCGGACCACGAGCUGGCGAUGAGGAUGUUCGAGGUGGCGGUGGUGUGCGACCAGCUCAUGGUCUCAGAGCUGGCCUGCUUCGAGUACCUCGCUCGGCGUGCCCAGGCGGCGGAGCGGAGACACCGCCAUUUGGUGGCGGGCGGGGGUUCCGAGGUGGACGCGGUGGAGGACGAGUACCUGUGCAUGGGGGCGGCGGAGACGCGCGGGCUGCUCAUGGUGGCCCCGGAGCUGCAGCGGCACAUCACGGAGGCACUCCACAAAGAGGCGGCCAUCCUCAAGCAGCGGCGCCAGCUGCGAGAGGAGAGGGCCACCGCGCGCGGGCCCGGCGGCGGCGCCCUCGGCAGCGGAGGGGCCCCCGCCGCGCUGGAGAGCAAGAUCAAGAACCAAGCGGGCGAGAUCGAGCGCCUGCAGGCGCGCCCUUGCGACCGGACGGGCGACGCGGCCGAGCACGCCCUCGACUGGGAGUACGAGGUCCACGAGGAGGCCGGCGUUCAGCACGUGAAGGGCGUGAUCUCCUCCGUCGGCCCGCCCUGCAUCGCCCUCGCGGCAGCCUUCACUGAGCUGUGCGGGCACGCUCCCGGCUACUCCCAGAUGCCGGAGAUUCGCACGCCCUUCCAGCGGGACCUCGUCUCGCUCCCCCGCGGGGACCACGCCCUCUGCGACGGCUUAUCGCACCUGCAGGAGGAGCGGGUCAAGCCGUACAAUGAUCCGGAGUUGGUCCGUUCGCAGUCCUGCUUGGCUUCUUUUCUCCUCGACCUCUACGACUCUAACUUGCUCUACUUCGGGGCGGAGCAGCCGGCCACAGUUGGGAUGUUCUUCGUGCUGAAGUCCGACAAAGUUCGGCAACGCCUGAAUCAAGAGUUUGCCGACCCGGAUUACACGCAGGUCCCCACCGCGGGGGCUUGGAACGGCCUCAUGUUGAGGCCAGACGACAAGCUCUUCCUGUCUCAGGUCGACGUCGACAACGCGUUCUACAGGAUCCUGCUGCCGCCCGGGCUGAGCCGGCGCUUCGUCUUGCCGGCGGUCAGCCGGCGGGCCCUACUGGCGGCGCGCCCGGGGCUCGUGCUCCCGGAGGGGGGCAAGAUCUCGGGCUUCCUCCGCGCGCUGCCGAUGGGUUGGCGGUCGGGGUUCCCCGACAACCGCCUCGUGAGGGAUCGCCACACCACUCCGGACGUCCGCGCUGGGGAGGCAGCCGCCGUGUACGUCGACGGCGCGGCGACCCUCGGCACGGACUCCAACAUGGUCGACCGGCGCUGUCAGGACGUGACGCGCUGCCUGCAGGACCACGGGCUGAUCUGCAAGGGCGUGGAGUGCUCGGGGGGCUUGCAGAAGUUCACAGGCCUCCACUUCGACGUGGAGACGGGCAAGAUCUCCCUGGGCCGCGAGCGGCUCUGGCGGCUCCGGCUCGGGCUGCUGUGGCGGAUGCGGCCCAGCGUCGAGCUCGAGCUGUGCCGCGCGGCAGCCUUGGUCUGCUUCUGCUUCGUGGACCCGAAGAGGCCCCUGGCGUCGGACGUCUACGCCACUGACGCCUUAAGGGAGCUCGGGCGUUGA